AUGGGGAACAGCCCAUCAGCAGAACGUUCGAAAAAGAUUGGUGUCAAAAGUCCUCGUGAAAUGGCUGAGGAAAACAAGGAUAUUUCCAUGUUAGAUGUGACAGAGGCAAAUAAGCUCGCCGAGCCCGCAAAGAGAAAUUCGAACAGUUCGCUGACUCAUUCAUUUUCGCAUAUGAAUAUAGAUGGGGCCAAUAACCUGGAGGCGCAACCUCCUUUGGCUAGACGUAAAUCUACACUGAUAUUUAAUGAUGAAGAUGAUGAAAUACCACCUUACACCGACCAUCAGGAACAUGGAUCGGAAGGUUUAUCGCAUACGACGUCGAAUGAGGAACAGGGAGGAAAUAACGAAACUGUGAGUAGUGUAAGCGUUAGUGCAAGUGCUACACCAAGUGAUACUAGUUUGGAUAACGUUACUGCUGAGCAGUCGGUGGGCGACUCAAAGACCUCACCUAUGCCUGCUGUCUCUCAGACAGCCAGUUAUAUUCAAUCGGGAAACAAUCAACAACAAAACCGCAACUCUCCAAAACCUGCAGAGACAAUGGUUCCUGUAGAUAUCACUUGGCAACAGGGUGGACAUAAGGUUUACGUUACCGGUUCCUUCACUGGAUGGAGAAAAAUGAUUGGUUUAGUACCGGUAGUAGGUCAGCCAGGUUUACUUCAUGUUAAAUUGCAAUUACCUGUAGGAACUCAUCGCUUUAGGUUCAUUGUAGAUGAUGAAUUGAGGUUUAGUGACUUUUUACCAACGGCGACAGAUCAAAUGGGCAAUUUUGUCAAUUACCUAGAGGUUGUUGCACCAAAUGAUACAGUAUCGCAACAGCAGCAACUGCAAAAUCAGCAACUGCAAAGCCCACAGCAGCUACAACAGGAGCAACAGCAUCAGCAUCAGCUGCAACAACUGCAAAAUAUUCAAGAUAACCCGCAAACCCCACAAGUGUCUGAAAUCGCACCUGGUGCUGCAUCUCAACCAACUUCCAGUUCAAAACCGGUAAGCGCUAGAUCGCGAAUUGCUUUAGAAAUUGAGAGAGAGCCCGAUGAGAUUGGAGAUGGAUUUACAAGAUUCCGUGAGAAAAAGCCCUCACGCCAUGAAUUAGAGUACACACAGGACAUACCCGCUGUUUUCACGGAUCCUACAGUUAUGGAGCAAUACUAUUUGACACUUGACCAGCAGCAAAACAACCAUCAAAAUAUGUCAUGGCUCACUCCUCCCCAAUUACCGCCCCAUUUAGAAAACGUACCAUUGAAUAGUUAUUCGAGUUCACAAGGCGAUAAUAACGAAAACAACUCCGGUGCACUUCCGAUUCCAAAUCACGUUGUUCUGAAUCAUUUGGCCACAAGUAGCAUCAAGCAUAAUACAUUAUGUGUGGCCUCUAUCGUCAGAUACAAGAGAAAGUACGUAACCCAGAUUCUUUAUGCCCCUUUGCAAUAA